GCCGUCCGUGCCCUGCGUCCCAUUUCAAUCAAUUCACCAUGUCCUGACGACAUCACCACCUAGUGGUCAAGGCAUCUCCUUCGCGUCAGGUAAGCGCGCACAUCUCUAGAGGCUCAAGCCGCCGGGACAACGGCACGCAAAUGUCCGACCGACAACAAUCAAGCCAACCCUGGCCCAGUGGCUGUGCCCCUAGCCUGGGAAGCCUGCCACUGUCGCCCCUGCGUGGCCAUUUCGCCCCGAGUGAGAAAGAACGCGCGUUCAUGGAAACUACCUGCAUCCACGUCAUCCAGCGGGAGAAAAGGGAAGGCAUCGAACCCGGAAGCCCGGGCGGGGGGCAGCGCGGCGUCUUGCAUUCAAAGCUGCGUGGCUUUGGCUCAGCCGCCGUACACGUCGUCACCAGUCCCUGCCCCCAACAGGCGCGGGGAGAUUCAGGCCCAAGGGUUGGACAAGGUUGACAGGGCAGGCUUAAGCAUACUUAGCGUUGCACGUCGGUCUUGCCCGCCGGUCUCACUCGGGAAAGUGGGCGGCGCAGUCCGGCUCCCACGAGGCAGGCGCCUUUUGCCAGUCGCAGAAAGUGGAUAAAACACUUUGUAACGCCAUGCUGGGUCGCUUCGUCUCGAGUCGGCCGGCGAGAGCAGCCACGCCCACUAGACCCAGACACAGUGUCAAGCAGCCACCCCAAAAUAGGCCAACCCAGGAUCAACCCCGGCCCUGCCCCAAAGCACCAGUCGCUGAACCUCCUUUUCUUGUCUCGUCAGCUCUUAUCGUGUGCUGCUCACCGCACUGCCUCUGUCCUCGCUUUUCCAUCUCCUGUGCCGUCAGACUCUACUUAUACCAGAUUCAUUUGUUAUUUUGCAUAGGUCCGCUUGGAAAAAGGCCACGAUACCAAGAACAUAGCACACAUCCACCCUAUCUGGACAUCCUUCCUAGCCCGCGCGAUCUGGCAGGCAUCUGCGGACCCUCGCCUAGUUAACCCCUGCCGGCCAACGACGUCGUGAUCACCAUCAACCCCUGACUGCGUCUGCGCCCUCCACACUUCUUUUUUUACUCAUCUUGCGCUCCGGCCAUCUUCCCUUCGUUUAUUUUUCUUUCUCGCUUUCCUCUUGGCAAAUGCAGGCUCUUGGCUCUGGAGCCAGUUACUAUUCCAACAAUACCUUCUCUUCUAGUUUUCCUGUUUUGUCCCUCCCUUUUUUCGUCUUUGCAUUGCCAACUAAAAAUAGUUCAUUGCUAUCUUUUCCAAUUCUACUACCGUUUUGUCUCUUUGGAUUCUCCCCGUAAUAGUUGACAUUUUCUCCUUACUCCCUUGGUAUAAUACUUUUUUGUACUAGUUUGGGGAACGGGCGACUUCUACCACACAUAAAUAAUUCCCCUCGUCUUCUUUCGGAACUAGGAAUUUUCCACCCGCAAUAUCGACCAGUCCAACGAGGUCGCGCCCGAGGACAACGACCAGCGACGCCCGAAGCCAGGGUGAGAAAACGAAGCGCAAACUAGGGAGACCGGAAGAGGCGGGAGUUGCAAAUAUGAGGGUGGCGACAACAUGCAUAACCGCGGCGAUGGCGCUACUAUGGACGGCCACGGAAGCGACUAGCAUACCGAGGCGGAGGUCAGGUACUCCGGCGCUCAAGGUGAUGGGCAUGUCGACGGAGAGGAGGGCGAUAUCAGACCCGCUGGGUCACGACAGGAUACGCAGGAGGGGUACGGUAGAGGCUUCUCUCAGCAACCAGGAGACGCUCUACUUCGCCAACCUGACCAUUGGCACGCCGCCGCAAUCGCUGCGGCUACACGUCGACACGGGUAGCAGCGACCUGUGGGUCAACUCGGCCAGUUCACGGUUGUGCCUGUCGUCGUCCAAGCCGUGCGACUUUGCGGGCACCUACGCGGCCAACUCGUCGUCGUCGUACGAGUACAUUAGCAGCAUCUUCAACAUCUCGUACGUCGACGGUUCUGGUGCCCAGGGAGACUACGUGUCCGACGUUGUCACUGUCGGCAGCACACGUGUCGACCGCCUGCAGUUUGGCAUUGGCUACUCGAGCACCUCGACCCAGGGCAUCCUUGGUAUCGGUUACGAGCUCAACGAGAUGCAGGUUGGCCGCGCAGGCCUGAAGCCAUAUCGCAACCUGCCUACCAGGCUGGUCGAGCAGGGCGUCAUCUCAUCACCCGCCUAUAGCCUCUGGCUGAACGAUCUCCAGGCCACCACCGGCAACAUUUUAUUUGGCGGUGUCGAUACAGAGAAGUUCCAGCCCCCGCUGUACACUGUGCCCAUGCAGCAGAACGGCGGCAUAUUUGCCGAGUUUCUCAUCACCUUGACCUCGGUCCAGUACAAGAGUGGUGAGGCGACUCAGGCCAUGGGCGAGAACAUGGCGCUCGCCGUUCUCCUCGACUCGGGCUCUUCGCUCACCUACCUGCCCGAUGCUGUGGUCCAGCGCAUCUACCAGGCCGUCGGCGCCCAGUUCGACAGCAACGAGGGCGCUACCUACGUGCCUUGCAGCCUGGCCGAUGACCGUACGCGCAUGCUGAACUUCACCUUCAGCUCGCCCGUCACCAUCUCGGUCCCCAUGAGUGAGCUGGUGCUGGAGCUAGUCACGUCCUCGGGGCGCCGCCCCUCGUUCCGCAACGGCGGGGCCGCCUGUCUGUUUGGCAUCGCGUCCGCGGGCCAGGGCACCAACGUCCUGGGCGACACCUUUCUACGCUCCGCCUACGUCGUCUACGACCUGGAAAACCACGCCGUCUCCCUGGCCCAGUCGAAACUCAACGUCGCACGCAGUAACGUCGUCGAGAUUGGAAAGGGCCAGGGCGCCGUCCCCAGCGCCACGGCCGUGCAGAACCCCGUCGCUGCCACCGCCGGCCUGUCGCGGGGUGCUGGCCGCGGCGUCAACAACAACUCGGCCGCAUCCGGUGGAGUGCUCCCGCCUCGCGCUGCUGCCCUACUGGCGUUGGUCGCUGCUGUGGGCUUUGCGGCUCUGGCAUGACAACAUCCAUCAUUUUUUGGUUAUAUUCUGAUUUGUUUUUCUUUUCUCUUGGUAACGUUUGUUUACAUUUCAUAUAUCUGACCUACAUCCUCGGGGAGGAUCCGUUGGACAGAAGCCAUUCUAGCACAUUACAUGAGUUUAUAUAUAUAGCAUUAGCAUUGCAUGGCGUCCUAUGGGGAUGAUUGGGUACUUCUAGUUCAACAAAUGAUUUUUUGGAUAUUGACAUGCG